AUGCAGGUCCACGCUGUACCUGAUGCAGAGCGCGCUUUCGACUCGCAAGGGCGAAAACUGCCUUGGGGCCUUGAGUUUGCAGACAACGACUACAAUCAGCGAACACGGAUACCCGAAGAGAAAGGUCCCUUCGGCAAGGCGCGCAAGCGUGGGUCUACACGUGCGAAGACACCGACAGCGAAGUCUGCCGAAGACAGUGCGAAGCUCGACAACCUGCGCGCAAUCGACGACAUCUUUGGGCGCGUGAAGGCCGAAGAAGAGCAGAAACGAUCCCUCUCCGGGCAUCCUGCAGCUGCACUCCCACCCUCAGCAUCUGCGCCGAAUCUGUUAGAAAGUGGUGGCUUACUGGGAACAUCGUUCAAUGGUGGUGCGCCUCCAAACAUAACGGCGAAGGAGCCCAAGGAAGUCAUAUUGUAUGGCUACGGUGCAGAGGUCCAAUGGGCGGCUAUAGACUUCUACGAGAAGGUUUCCAACGGCAUCAUCUACGAAGAAUACGAUCGCGAGCCGUAUAGCCCGAAGUUCAGCUACGCGUUUGGCAUACAGCGCAAUUCACACCUACGUUCGCUUUCGAAGGCAGCACUGUCCCGAGUCAAUCAGUUUGUAGGCGGCGACCACUGGAUUAAAGUUACGUUCGACUCAGCAGAAGCCGCUGAGCGCGCAUGUCACUACUCUCCUCAUAAUAUCCAAGGCUACACUGUCUUCGCUGAAGCUUACAGAGGCACCGGUCCUCAAGGCGGCGAUCGAGCUCUCCACGCCCAGAUUGGCGGCGCGAUCUCUCUCCUCUCCUCCCCGCUGACUGGCGCCUCGAGCACGGUGCCAGAUACAUCAACGACUGCCUCCUCAGCAACGGCGACGACUGGCCCUGCACCAGUCACCCUUCCGCGAUCAAACACCAUGCCCUACUUUCCUAGCGGCUCUUUCCCCAUGGACGACGGGCCGCUCGACCGCGAGCCACCAGCACCAGUCGCCACACGACCAUCGCAAACCCAAACUAUGACUACAUCCGCACAACUCGCGCCCACAUCACGUCGCGCGACGCUCCGCCUGAAAGGCGCAAACGUAAAACCCGCUGUCUUCAUGCCGCAAGAAAAGGCAUUUUUACCAGCCCCACCGCGCUGGCAGCAGACGUUUGGCUCUCUGCCAAUCAUUGGGUGGGUGAUUGGAAGCGGUCAAGGGAUCAUAGGAGAUCAGGUGCCGAGGAAGGAAGACGGGACCUUUGACGCAGAGACAGCCAGUCUGUACUGGCGCAUGUGGUACAGCGUCGACUCUUGUCUUGGGACAGAUUUCUGCGGUGUUAAAGAAUCAGAAUAUGAUGACUGA